UAUAAAUUUAUUAAUUUUAUUAAACAUAACAAGUGUCACAUUCAUAAAUAACACCUAUUUUUAAGUAAAUAUAGAAAUAUCAAAUAAUAUACUUGUUAGGUUGUUUGUUAUCACAAAAUUUAACUUUUCAAUCGUGGUUAAUUUUGCCACGUUAAAUACAUUAACCAUCAAAAUAUCUGGUUCAGUAGCCGCAGAUAUUUUCAGAUUGCCUUCGUCCUUUCUGACGUGGCAUACAUCUGAUGAUAAUGACACGUGUAAAAGCGUCGCCAUGUGUGUAUACUGUUGUUCCAGCGACCGCCUCCCUCCGUCGAACUUUUCCCCUCUCCGCCCCUAAAAUCAGUAUUACAAUUUACAACCGAAUCCUCUUCGGUGAUUGUGUGAAUUUCAAAUUACCUUUACAAAAUACACGAAAAUGGAAGGUAGUCGCCGGCGUAAUUCAUCAUCUCCGUCGAUGUUAGCAGAUCUAACCGCGACUCAUGGCUGCGACAAUGAAUUGAGUCCGUCGAACUCCGACUUGACCUCGAACUCGUCUUUGACCGUUAAUAAUUGUAAAGGAAGGUUACAUCAGAUUGAAGAUUCGGCGAAGGAUUGUGUGACGACAUGGACAGAUGAAAAACAUGAUUUGUAUCUUGAUCAUUUGGAAUCAUCAUUUGUUGAGCAGUUGCAUCGGUCUAUAGGCGUACUUGCUUUUUGCUCAAAUGAUGACUCAAAGAGUCAUUAUUUAUCUCGAAAGCUGGUUGCUAAAAAUAGAAAUACUUCAGCAAAGUUAAAAAUAAUACAAGAUUCCUACUCGGACAAAACUACCCUCAAGAGAAAAAGCCAUCACACUCUUACAGAAUUCUCAGACCAAAACUUUUCAGCUGAAGCUAGUGAGCAGGCAUGUAGAAAAAAGCAGUCAAAGACUAUUUAUUCACAAGUUUGAAGGAAAGAGAUAGUAGCAUUGAGAGAUUUCAAAUUCAAGAUGUGAAUACAAAACAACAUAGAAAUGUAUUGGAACUUUCUUGAGGGAAUUAUAAGGUGAAGAUCUUGUUGAUGGAUGAAACAGGUAUAUAUAGUUAUGUUAAUCUUAAGGGAAUAUUUAUUUUUCUAUUUUUUAAUUGGUGAUAGGUGAUUUGAAUUUUAAAACUUAUGUUAUAAUAUGUUAUGGGUAAUUUAUUGGUGAUUUUAGUGUCAUCAAGCAUAGAAUGUGAUCUUAAGCUAAGCUUAAGUACAAGUUAGGAGGUAGAAAUUUUACACUUGUUCUUAAAAACAUUCUAUUGUUGAUGAGUUUCUUUAAAGAAAAGCAUGCAACUUCUUCUUAA